GCAGUUUCGCGUAGACUCACCAACUGACGCUACGUCGUAUCAAAUACGAAUCCCGUAUCGUAUACCAAAUAUUAUACCAAAUAAUAUCAGUGUAAAAUAAUAUGUUCGUGUUGUGUAAAAAUUAAUUAAGUAUUUUUAGAAUAAUCAGUGUAGUGUUUUAGGUGACUGUUGUAAAUUAUUUUUCUCGUUGUGUGGCUUCGGAAAGUCUUGACAGAUAACAUCAACGUGCCAGUGCUACCUCAGUGUUCCAACCUCCUUCCCAAACAAAUGUCUUGAAACCAGUCCAUCAUGACGUGCCCAUUUCGCAGAGCCUCCUCCCAACACCAGUUCGCAAAUGGCAGCGGAUCCAGUGCCAAGAAGCCCGAGUUCCGAUCUCGACAGUCCUCCAUCCACCUUCCCGGCCCUGAAGAGGAAGAUGGCGAAAGAAACACGUUAACACUCAAAAACUUAAGCGAAGCCCUUCAACUUCUCACAGCACCUUCGAACGAGUGUCUCCACGCAGCGGUUACAGCAUUAACCAAAAAUCAAGCGGAACAUUAUGACAAAUACAAUUGUUUAAGACGACUACCGGACGAUGUGAAAACUUGUAGGAAUUACGCAUAUUUACAGGAAAUUUACGACGCGGUGCGGGCAACUGACAGUGUAAGCACUAAGGACUUUAUGGCAAAAUUAGGGGAAUAUUUAAUAUUAACGGCGUUCUCCCACAACUGUCGAUUGGAGAGAGCUUUUAAAUGUUUAGGCACAAAUUUGACUGAAUUUCUCACUACUUUAGACAGCGUGCAUGAUGUGUUACAUGAUCAGGAUGACGUACUUAAAGACGAAACAAUGGAGUACGAAGCGAAUUUCGUGUGUACUACAUCACAAGAGGGUAAAAUCCAACUCCAUCUGACCACAGAGAGCGAACCCGUGGCAUACAUACUAGUCGGCAGCUUGAAGUCAAUAGCUAGACUGCUGUAUGACACACAGACAGAUAUAAGACUGACCAGCUAUACUAACGAUCCUAGGAGAUUUAAGUACGAAAUAAACGCAGUGCCCCUACAUCAGAAGUCAAAAGACAGUGACUGUGAGCAGUCAGAGGCAUCAUGCAUUGCCACUUCCACGAAGGUCACGGAUUUAAGAAUCGGGGUUGCCAGCUUCUGCAAAGCGUUUCCCUGGCAUUUUGUCACUGAUAAACGGUUGGAGCUAGUGCAAUUGGGUGCUGGUUUCAUGCGUCUAUUCGGCACAUACCUGGCGUCUCACGGCUCGUCACUGGGCACCUACUUCAGGCUGCUAACCCCGAGGGGUGUUCCACUGGAUUUUCGCGAAAUCCUGAAGAGAGUCAACACUCUUUUUAUGUUCUGUUUGAAGGUGCCAGGAUCUUCUUCUCCUGCUGAGGGUCUUGAAAUCAAGGGUCAGAUGGUGUUCUGCGCUGAGUCAGACUCCCUCCUCUUCGUGGGGUCUCCAUUCCUUGAUGGACUGGAAGGUCUGACUGGCAGAGGUCUGUUUAUUUCUGACAUACCUCUGCAUGAUGCCACGAGAGAUGUCAUACUAGUUGGAGAACAGGCGAGAGCACAGGAUGGACUCCGAAGACGCAUGGACAAGCUAAAGAACUCAAUAGAAGAAGCAAGCAAAGCGGUUGACAAGGAAAGACAAAAGAAUGUCAGCCUCCUCCAUUUAAUAUUCCCUCCACAUAUAGCCAAGAGGUUAUGGUUAGGUGAGAAGAUCGAAGCGAAAAGCCACGAUGACGUCACAAUGCUGUUCAGUGACAUCGUUGGCUUCACGUCAAUAUGCGCGACAGCUACGCCCAUGAUGGUCAUCGCAAUGUUAGAAGACUUGUAUAGCGUGUUCGACAUAUUCUGUGAAGAGCUUGAUGUUUAUAAGGUGGAAACAAUAGGUGAUGCAUACUGCGUGGCGAGCGGUCUUCACCGUAAGAUCGACACGCAUGCGCCUCAGAUCGCGUGGAUGGCACUGCGCAUGGUGGAGACAUGCGCACAACAUCUGACUCAUGAAGGCAAUCCUAUCAAGAUGCGCAUAGGACUCCACACUGGGACUGUCCUAGCCGGUGUUGUCGGCAAAACGAUGUUGAAGUACUGUCUCUUCGGCCAUAACGUCACGCUUGCUAACAAGUUCGAAUCCGGGUCAGAGCCUUUGAAGAUCAACGUCAGUCCCACCACUUAUGAGUGGUUAAUAAAAUUCCCGGGUUUCGAGAUGGAGCCCCGGGAUCGUUCCUGUCUCCCAAGUUCGUUCCCCAAGGACAUUCCGGGAACGUGUUAUUUUCUUCACAAGUACUUGCAUCCCGGGACUGACCCGGGAGCGUCCCAGGUCAAGCAUAUACAGGACGCAUUAAAAGAUUUCAACAUUGGUCAAACAAAGCCGGAUGACAUAGAAAAUGACGAUUCCAGUAGAACAACUGAAACGCAAAAUUAAAAUUAGACCAAGAUCGUUUCAAGUUUCAAAUUGAAUGGAUCUGUUGACAUUGUAAAUACUUCACUUGUAAUUGCUUUGAUUAAAAACUUUGUUCAUCAAAAACGUUUUUGUGUAAAAUGUCACUUGGAAGCAUACUUGUUGUAUAUUGUAUUGAAGCGUUUUCUUUGAUGUUUUUUGACGUUCAAUGGCGGGAUUCUACCAAAAUUGUUUGCGCACAUUUGUUCGCGACAAAACGUGGGAACGCGUGGUGCGAGUCCACUACUAGCGUGAGUUCGCGCACAAAGGUUGCAAUUUCGUGGAAAGUUUCAUGGCCAGAAGAAACAAUUGUGUGCGUCACAGUGUUACACACUGGUGGAAUCUCGCCUUUAUGGUUGUCGUGGUUGAUACUGAAUGCUUUUCUAUUAGAUGUUAAUAUAGUGCAAAUGGUGAUGCUGAUUCUUUACAUAUUUAUAGGUACAGUAUGUUUCUGCUAAAUAUAAGCUGUGUGCGAAUACUUUUGUGCUGAACUCUGCUCCUUUUCUAACCAAGUGUGUUAGUGUGUUUAUCUAUUCUUCUUAGUUUAACUAUUAAUUCAA